AUGUUUUACGCGCAGUUCGUACUAUCAAAGAAAGGACCACUGGCAAAGAUUUGGUUGGCAGCACAUUGGGAGAAGAAGCUGUCAAAAGCUCAGAUUUACGAGACUAAUGUACAAGAUGCUGUUGAUGAAAUAUUGCAACCGAAGGUUAAAAUGGCUUUGCGAACUACCGGACAUCUUCUGCUUGGUAUUGUGCGAAUAUACUCCAGGAAGGCAAAGUAUUUGCUCGCUGAUUGCAAUGAAGCCUUUCUCAAAAUUAAAAUGGCGUUCCGUCCUGGACAAGUCGAGAUGAUGGAGGAUGGCAAGGAAGCUCCUUUUGCUGCUAUCUCACUACCUGAAGUCUACACAGAUUUCGAUUCCACUUUACCGGAAUUCAAUGAAGCCGAGUUCGCCAACCAUUUGCAGAUCAAUCAAAGCAGGAUAGAUGAUAUUACUCUGAAAGAGGACCACAUUUCCGAUCAACACAUGUUUGGCGCCGAAUUUGCCAGCGACGAAUUUGGAGAUACUGCUUUUGGACCGGUGACUUUCGGUAUGGAAGACGAUUUUGGUGAAUUUCCACCGUUGGCUCCAGUUUCGGAUGCCAGUGGAGUUGAAGUGCAGCGAGAUGCAAGCAGCUUUAUGGCUGGAGACCGACUAGCUCUUCGGGACAUCCGUGGUGCUACUCCAAGCCUGGAAGGAGCGAAAGCUCCAGGUGUCAACAUUUUCGUUGAUGACGAUUUCGGAGGUAUGGAUAUGGGUGGCGGUGAUGACGACAUGGAAGGUAGGCCACUGUUUUAG